UUCCUUUGCCACUGUACUGAACAACAGCUGGGGGGAGCAAAACUUUUAGCUACUCUACAUUAAAAAGUUCGCUCAAACAGUACAUUUGGUUAGAAUUUCCUUAGUGUCGGAUGUGGAAGCACUGAUGGAUUCAACAUAUGAGACACAGCGCAGAGGCGGAGGUGGUGGUGGGUAUACCAGACAAAAUUGGGGCUCGCUAAGCGGAUCCCCGGCUCUGACCGGUGGGCAGUCUCGCCGAAGGAAGCUGCAACCCCGGCCGGCAGAUUACAAAUUGCAGGUCAUCAUCAUCGGCUCCCGCGGAGUCGGCAAAACCAGCCUGAUGGAGAGGUUCACGGAUGAUACUUUUUGCGAAGCGUGCAAGUCCACUGUUGGAGUUGAUUUUAAAAUCAAAACUGUAGAGCUAAGAGAAAAGAAAAUCAGAUUACAGAUCUGGGAUACAGCAGGGCAGGAAAGAUUCAACAGCAUUACUUCUGCUUACUACAGAGGAGCCAAGGGAAUUGUAAUAGUGUACGAUAUUACCAAGCAGGAGACAUUUGACGACUUGCCAAAGUGGAUGAAAAUGAUUGACAAGUAUGCUUCAGAGGAUGCAGAACUUUUACUAGUUGGAAACAAGUUAGACUGUGAAGCUGACAGAAUAAUCACUCGACAGCAAGGCGAAAGGUUUGCCCAGAAGAUUUCCUGUAUGCGAUUCUGUGAAGCGAGUGCAAAGGAUAAUUACAAUGUUGACGAGAUAUUUUUAAAACUUGUUGAUGACAUUCUAAACAAGUUGCCUGUAGAACUUCCCAGGAAGGAGCUGUCCAACAGCAUCCUGUCUCUUCAGCCAGAGCCUGAAAUCCCCCCCGAGCUGCCUCCUGCCCGGCCCAACCUGCGCUGCUGCUGAGUGGUCUGUCCGCAAAAACAACAGCAUUGUGAACCAUUCCUGCCAGGCACAUCCAGACAAAUGUCAUUGUGGAGAAGGAUGCUAAAGCUUGCUGCCAAGAGAAAACACGUUUAACUUGUGACUUGAAUUGCACAACAAGAAGGCAUUUUACGUGAACAGACUGUAGUUGUUGAUGCAUGCAAACAAUAACACUCUCAAUUACAAGCGUAUUUGAAAAAGAUGCUGCACCUGCAAGGAGUCAAUGAUUUGUAAAUCUGUCAGAAUUAAUGACAACCUAGAUGAGUGAUUGAUUGAUUGAUAACCAAGUUUGCUGCAUUCAAGGAAAUGAGCUCUUUUAUAUAUUUCUCAUGCUUAUAUAUUUUUCUUUAUGCAGCUUUGUAAGUCGUUGAAAUAUCUAUUAGUUUACCUCUUCCCACACACUGAAUUUUUGGUUGACGCUGGUACGAAUGGUUCAUGUAUUAAUUUUGCACUACAAUCAGUUGGCUGUAGUAUGUAAGAAGGAUACAAGGACAAAAAUCAAGCAAGCUACACGUUACCUUGUAAUACAUGGUGCCCAUUUUGAUGCACUAUAUAUCAUUAGAAAGUAUCUUGAGUCAGGAUGUGUACAUUUUCCUGUAAAAUUAUCUGAGCUGUGUUUUUUGUUUUGUUUUGCUUUUUGAAUUGUAACAUGAAGCCAAUUCCUGCAUUUUUUUUAAUUAUUAUUUUUGAGUCAGAGGAGAAGAGGACAGGUAGGCUAAAUAUUGAGGUGUGAUGAAGUGUUAUAGCAUUGAAUAAGGGACAUACAUUGACAUUUAUAAACCCUCUUUGGUUUUGGUAAGGGCAUUAAAAAUCAGAGUCCUAUUCAGAAACAACGCUUGAGUAUGAAAAACCAUUAACUGGGCACUCUGUUUAGCUCUAACACUCAAGUGUUGUUCCUGAUCAAAUGAACUGCACUCCCUGGUUUGGAUGAUUGUACUGAAGUACCUAAAGGCUGUGUUUAACAAGUGAUGUCACUGCAGUGUGAGAUGCUGUGUUCAUGGCUGAUGCACACAGUUUGUAUGACCAGAACAAGGAAAUCAGACUAGUGUUAUACAAAGGGGGUGAUGAUUUUCAGUCAGUGAAGUACACUGUUCCAGUGUAGGAACUGCCAGUAAGAAAAAUGCCAGGCCUGCUUCAAGUAAUUGAUGCACACUUUGAUGAAUGGCAGAGAUUCAUUAAACACUUCCUGUAGUUUGCACGAGACAUUGCUCCUGGUUACCCAGGUUUUAUAACUUUUAGUGUUUAGGUAAGUGUUUUUUUUUAUUAUUAUUUUGACAAAGAAUUAAGAAGAAUUUAAGAUUAUACUGCAUCUAAAAGAGAUAAAAAAUUUUGCUGUGGGCAUGCCUAUUACCCACACUGUAAAUUUUGGGCAAACCAAUCCAUGCUUUACAAACUGGACUAUUUGGCUGCAUUGAGGAUUAGUCCAAAAAAAAAAAAGAUUUUGAAUUUUCAUCUCUCUUCUGUAUGACUUCAUUGAUGUCAUUUUGUAAGGGGAAACUUCUAGAUUCUUUUAACAGUUAACUUGCCUGUCCAGGGAUACAUGUAAAACUCUUUUCAUAUCAGUUUAGCAACAUGCAUACUGUAAUGCUUAACUGUUUAGGUGCGGUUGAACGAAGUUAUGUAUUCAAAGUUAGCAUGUUUUUUUUUUGUUUGUUUGUUUUUGGUUUUUUGGUGGUAUUUAUAACUAUUGUGGUAUUCAUAAACUAAUGAUG